CCCUGGCUGACAGCAGAGCAGAAGGAAAAGCAUCAUCAUCACGAGAGGAGGCUGCCAAGUCUAGAGAGCCAAGAAAAAAAGUGAAAAUUUCGUGAAAUUUCAAAAUUCCCCGUGGAAAUUCAGCGCUCGAGCUCGAGAAGCUCAAAUUUUGGAAGCGGAAGCGCUACUGGUCAGUGACCGAGAAGCGUCUCAAAUUUGCCAGUGGCCGGAAAGGCAUGAGCGAUAACAAGUCCAAAAAGAACGAAACAAACAAGGAAAUCAUCACCAUGAGCGACGCUGCCGGAGUUUUGGACCGCUGGGUCGGCGACGUGAGCAAGAAGUCGGCCACCAAACAGAUUCUCAUCGGUGCCGGAAGUGGAUGGGCAACCGGUUACAUCACGAUGAAGGUUGGCAAGGCGGCCGCAGUGGCCGUCGGCGGUGGCAUCAUUCUGCUGCAAAUCGCCAACCAGCAGGGGUACAUCUCGAUAGAUUGGAACAAGAUCAACAAAAAGGUCGACAAGGUAACGGACAAGGUCGAGGAGGCAGUCACCGGGCAGGGUCCGAGCUGGGCCGAUAAGGUGAUACGGGUGGCUAAAGAAAAUACCUAUUUGGCCUCCGGUUUUCUCGGUGGUUUCCUGAUCGGUAUGGCUUCCUCGUAAGCAUCGCUUUGGCGAACGUAUCCCGUUAUUACAACUGAAGUGGCAUAUUAAAAAGCGAACAAUUUCAAGAACUCAAGCUCAGAACAGAAAGUUGCCGUGCAGUCAGAACAAGCCUCGAAUUGGAAGAAUAUAAAUUUUGACCAGAUUGAAUUUCAUUUCGCAAGCAAAAUUCGAAAGAAGCUCUGUUAUGUUGGUACAAGUUUCAUUAUAAUUUUAGUAUUUAAAUUUCAACUUACAACUUAUUUUACACAAUAAAGCUUCUUAUCCGUGAUAAGAUAAACUAAA